UUCAGAAUUUUUUCAUUGAAAAACAGAAAUUAUCAUUAACACAAAAAGGUAAGUUUUUAUAUAACUUUUGUAUUCAUCUUUCUUCAAUUGGUGGUCUUGUUUCAGUGGAAAUCUUGGAAAACCAUUUUCCAUCUCUGAAAUUCGCCUCCAUUCAUCCUCCAUAACUUGGAUUCACUUUAUUUUUCCGUAAUGAACACACAAUUUUAUUUUCUACAUAACAUACGUUUAUGGCGUUAACUAUUUAUUUCUCUCAGAAAAUUAUUGGCAUUGGUUUAUCAUUUGCGGUACUCGUAUACCUAACUGAAAUUAAUUCAACAUUCAACCGUCCUUGAAAUACAAAGAAUAUCAACGCAUCCGAAAAUAAAAGAACACGCCGCUGAAUAGUGAUCAGCAAAUGUAGGCAAUAGUCAUAUUCCUCAAUCAUUAUGGCUCAAUGUAAAGUAUGGUUGGAUAAUUAUACAGGACAGUAUUAUCCAGGUAGCCAAAUUCAAGGAAAAGUUGUUCUCAACUUUGAAACUGAGACGAAAUUGAGGGCUGUUAAAGUCAGGGUAAUUUGUCAUGAGCAUGUCGAGUUCAUGGGAAUGGAAUCUUACCACGACCCUGUUUCUAAUGAACGUAAAUCAAGAGAUACCCUCUUCCAAGGAGAUAACGAUACCUUUGCCACGGAACUUAUAUUAUAUGGAGGACAUUCGGGAGCAACCUCUCUACCCAUCGGUCAGUACAUUCAUCCUUUCAAUUUAAUAUUACCAAAUAACUUGCCAGGAACAUACAGUUGUGAAUAUGGAUAUAUAAAUUUUAAACUGAUAGCUAUCGUGGACAGACCACUGGCUUUGGAUUACGAGGAUCAAAUUGUUUUUAUUGUGCGAUCUCCAGUCGAUCUCAAUGCACUAAUGAAGCCAGAUUUACUU